UGGUUGCAAUGUUUAUCGAAUGCGGACUGCCAUUCUGGAAAUUACGAAUUGCGAACCCUCGCGAAAUAAUCACGUGUUCUAAUUAUAAAAACAAAUAGUUCAAUGUAAUUUUAUUCGACUGCAGGAAUUCACGAUGCGUGCAGAAUUGCAUUUGUCACGAGUACAUCGUGAAAAGAACAUUUCCUGCUUUUUUUUUACGUAAUAUUUGCUUAUACAUAAAGUAUUCAAAAAUCGAUAAUGGAACAGGAUACUCUUAAAAGCGCACGCGUGAACCGAUACCGAUGCGUGUCAGCUGUCCACCGUUGAAUACAACGUUGUAUCAGGAAUUCAAGUAUUCCUUAUCCUAUUGAGUCUUCCAAUGAACAAAGAGAAUUUUAUACGGCUUUAAUGGCUUGUGAUAAUCGGACGAAAGUGUACCUGGGAUACGAAGAUGAAUAUGUUACUGACAAACACCGGUCGAGUAUUAAUUUUAUGACAAAUAAGAUCGGCGGAUUUCCAAACUGUUAUGACAAAAAUACUCUGUCAUUACCGCAAUGCAGACUGUGUGGAUUACGUCAACUGUUGGUCUUGCAACUGUAUGUUCCAUUAGAUAAUUCUAAGUAUCAUAGGACACUUUAUAUUUUUGCCUGUAUAAAUCCAAAUUGUUGGAAUCAAAAUGAAAGUUGGACCUGCCUGAGGGUUCAAGUUUUAGCGGAUGAAUGUCAAACAAAUGCAAUAGAUACUAGUAGUGUAAAUGUACCAUCUACAACAUCAUGGUUGUCGGAUGCAGAUGACUGGGGUGAUACUUUCAAUGACAAUGCCUCUGAACAAAAUGGGAAUAAUUUAUUGUCGAAUAAUGCGAUAGAGUUUAACUUUUCUCUGCAAAGGGAAGUAGAACAGAAUAUAAGGGAAGAACUCUCUGCGCUACAUGUAGAUGAUCCUAAUGCAAACAGUCCAGCGAGUGUAGAGUCUCCAGUUGGAAUAGGAGCUGUAGGUAGAUUGGAUUCACCUCAAGCAUCUGCUGAAAUUGAUGGAGAAGAAAGUGAAGUUGUUUGUAUAGAUACUCCGACUCAGCCUCAACGUGAUCUAGUCGGUUUAUUACGCGAAGUAACUCCAUUUCCAAUAUUAUUAGAAUCAAACACUGAAACAAACUUUUCAUUCACUGAAAUAUUCCUUUCGGUGGAAGAAGAAGAUUAUAGCGCAGAUAUACCACAACAUGUUUGUGAUCUGUUACUGAAAUAUCAGUAUAAAAAUCCAGAUUUAUCAACAAAACCUACAGCAGAUUCAAUAGAAGAGAAAAUAAUGGAAACUGACAUAGAAAAAUAUGAGAAGGGUAUUCCUAUGCAUGGAGAUGAAAUGUUCCAUAACUUUAUCUCUCAAAUACAAAAAAAUCCAGGACAGCUCUUACGAUACUCACGAGAUAAUUCUGCACCUUUGCUGCUGUAUCCUAUUAGCGGAUGCGUGGGAAAAUGUCGCCAUUGCGGUGGUGAAAUGAUUUUUGAAGUCCAAAUUUUAUCUACAUUAAUUUCCAAAUUAAUACUUCAGCCACAUACAGAAAAAAAUUUCCAAAUAGAAUUUGGAACUGUUUUAGUAUACACAUGUCUUAGAAGUUGCUGGUCUGCAACGGAUUUAUACAGAGAAGAGCAUGUUAUUGUUCAAGCAGAAAGAUUAUAGUGAUAGAACGAUCAAAUAAAUUUAAUAGAAGUUUAAACUUUUGAUUUUAGGAAAAUUCUGAUUACAUUCUUUUGGUAGCAAAAUACCGUCCACCUUUUUGUGUACACUUCAACAUUCCUAGUAAAGAAUGGUGCAUAAGAAUGAAAUUCUAAUUCCUGGUAUGAAAUUUACUAGUAAUAUUAUUCUAAAAGAUUAAAAUAGGACAGUCGAAAUAAGAGUUAUUAUUUUAUUUAAUAACUGUACAUUGCUAUUCAUACAUAAAUACAGAAAUCUUAAUGAUAAUAUCUUUACAUA